AUGGUCAAUACACGUUCAGGUCUUCCUCCAGUAAGCUCAUCCAUCCCGGAUAACCCUCCACCUCCUGUGGAACACCAUAUUCCUCAAGAAGAGUCGUCGGAGAUGCUAGCACCUCCUCAAGCUAUUGUUUUCGCCGGAGCUUUUGAGGAACUUCGCCAGCAGGUGGUUGCAUUGACCCAACUGCUAAGUCAGAGAAAUUCGCAUCCAUCUCACACCCCAACACCUGAAGGUAGCUUUAUGACAGAUGUCCGGACUCGAGUUCAUCAUGCAACCCAUGAUGACAGUGGGGUUGGAACCUUAGGGGUACCACAAGUUGCAUCAGGUUCAAGGUCCGUUGCAAUAGACUCCGCCGAACUUGCAAGAAUUAUUGAAGAAGGGAUAGCAGCGGGCAUGCAACAAAAUACUCGGGCAGCAACAGGGUUCACCCCCAAUACACCAUUCACUCCAGAAGUCCUCUCGUACCUCCUUCCCGAUAGGUUCAAGUAUCCUCGGAUAAAGGAGUACGACGGGACAACCGACCCCAUCAACCAUCUCAAUGUAUACACGGAUAUCAUGAACUUACAAGUUGCACCAGAUGCGGUAAUGUGCAAGGCAUUCCCUCAAACCCUCACGAAUGCGGCUAGAGAUUGCAAAAGAAUCAGAAAGACAGCUGUAUCGCUCAUGCAGAUACAUCAAGGACCCAACGAAACACUGCGCAGUUUCAUGACCAGGUUCAACAAAGAAAGGCUUCAGAUCCUCGAUCUACAUAUCACAGCUGCAGUCUCAGCUCUGACUUACGCCAUUAAGUGCGAAGCGUUCAAAAUGUCCUUAUCUAAAACCCCGUCGAAGUCAGUAACCGAGCUACUCACACGGGCUAAGAAAUACAUCAAUAUGGAAGAAACCAUGGCCCCAAAAAGGGAAGUUACCUCAUCAGGGAGGUUGGAUCAGAAAAGGCCACAUGAGUCCAGCUUAAGACAAGAGAUACCUAGGGUCAAACCAAGAAAGGAUCCACCUUCAACGGCUUUCACCCACCUGAACACUUCGAGGUCCAACAUCCUGAUGGAAAUCAAGGACUCUAGGGAACUGAAAUGGCCUCCCCGAUUGCGGUCUCCCCCCCCCGAUACUCGUGACAAGAGCAAAUACUGUGAUUUUCAUAGAGAUCACGGCUAUACCACAGAAGAUUGUCUGGCCUUAAAGCGGGAAAUCGAAGCUCUUAUAAGAAGAGGAUUUCUGAGCUCUUACAUUAACAAUGACAAACGCCCGAGGAAUAACCAGAAUGGGGGAAAAGGCCCAGAGGAUCGAGGAAACAAGCAAUCAACUGCAAGCACUAUCAAUAUCAUUGUUGGAGGAACAACCUCGAGAGGAGACUCUAGCAGUGGGCGAAAAGAGUAUGCCAGACAGCCACCGAUCAUCUCAAGACAAGAUCUUGGUCGUACAGAGGACAUCAGUUUUGGGAUGGAUGACUUGGAAGGCAUAGCAUUCCCCCAUGAUGAUGCUCUUGUCAUAUCGGCCAUCAUCGCCAACUUUGAAGUCAAGAGAAUUCUGGUAGAUAACGGAAGUGCAGCAAACGUAUUGUCUCACGAAGCUUUUGUUCAAAUGGGGAUCUCGUCAGAACAACUAAAGCCAGUGAAAACACCCCUGCAAGGGUUUGGAGGUGGGGUCAUCACCCCGGAAGGUAUCGUCGGGUUACCCUUAACAUUGGGAACCGAAGGUAAGCAGGUAACACAGAUCACUACCUUUGAAGUCGUUCGUACGUCGAUGGCUUACAACGCCAUAUUGGGAAGACCAAUGCUCAACAGAAUUCGAGCUAUUGUCUCAACUUUUCACCUGGCUAUGAAAUUCCCUACUCCUAAUGGCAUCGGGGUAGUCCGAGACAACCAAACGGUGGCCCGACAGUGUUAUGUAACCAGCGUUCGAAAAAUCAAAAAUGACAUCAUGCAAGUUACAGAGCUCGAGCUCGAGCAUGAAAAUUACGAAAGGCUGGCUCCGGUAGAAGGAUUGGAGGAGGUCGAGAUCAAGUCCGAAAGAAAAGUGACAGUUGGUCGAGGGUUAGAUGCAGAGAUCAUGGCUGAACUUUUAAGCUGUCUCUCCCGGAACAUUGAUGUGUUCGCUUGGAAUGUUGAGGACAUGCCUGGAAUUGACCCAGAGGUUGUAGUACAUAGACUUAACGUGAACCCAAAAGCAAGACCUUUCGUUCAAGAGGUACAAUACCCCGAAUGGCUUGCCAAUGUGGUUCUUGUCAAGAAAGCUAAUGGAAAGUGGCGAGUUUGCAUUGACUUCACAUAUUUGAAUAAAGCAUGCCCCAAAGACAGUUAUCCACUGCCCAGAAUUGAUAAUCUCGUAGAUAGCACGUCAGGUCAUAUGCUGUACAGCUUCUUGGAUGCUUUCUCGGGGUAUCACCAAAUUCUUAUGGCAGAAGAAGAUCAAGAGAAGACCUCGUUCAUGGCAGAUUCAGCCAUCUACUGCUAUAGGGUCAUGCCCUUCGGUCUGAAGAAUGCUGGAGCAACAUAUCAAAGGUUAGUGAACAAAAUCUUCGCCAAGCUAAUUGGGAAAACAGUCGAAGCGUAUGUGGAUGAUAUGGUGGUCAAGAGCAAACAGUCGAGUAGCCAUGUUUCUAAUCUAGAGGAAGUGUUUGCUACGUUAAGGAGGUACAGCAUAAAGCUCAACCCGGCAAAAUAUGCAUUUGGGGAGGCAUCUGGAAAAUCCCUGGGUUUUAUGAUCACGCACAGAGGAAUAGAGGCAAAUCCCGAUAAAAUUCAAGCUCUGAUAAGUAUGGAGGCCCCUAAAUGCAAAAGGGACAUUCAGAAGUUGACAGGUCGCAUAGCAGCACUAAACAGGUUUGUUUCCCGGGCAGCUGACAGGUGCUCCCUCUUUUUCAAACUACUUAGGGGAAAUAAAGGGUUCGACUGGAACGAGGAAUGCAACUUAGCCUUUCAGGAGCUUAAACAGACAUUAUCAACACCUCCAGUCCUUACUAAACCUGAACUCGGUGACACGCUGCUAUUAUACUUGGCAAUUUCUCAGAACGCAGUAAGCGGUGUCUUGGUAAAGGAAAAAGGAAGAGUUCAGCAACCUAUCUACUAUGUUAGUAAAGUGCUCCUUGAUGCAGAAACACGAUACAUACUUGCGGAACAGCUCGCCCUUGCUUUAGUAGUGGCUGCUAGAAAACUACGGCCAUACUUCCAGUCACAUCCAAUUGUUGUGCUCACCAACCAACCUCUCAGACAUAUACUUCAGAAGCCGGACGUCUCAGGAAGACUACUGAAAUGGGCAAUUGAACUCGGCGAAUUUGGCAUAGAAUUCAAGCCACGGCCUGCAAUCAAGGCCCAAGCUUUGGCCGACUUCAUAGCAGAGCUCACUCUGAGAUCCUCAGAAACACCAGCAGAGAGCCUGAACUCGACCUCAGGAAUAUGGGAAAUUUUUGUUGACGGAGCAUCCAAUAGCUCGGGCUCGGGCUCGGGGGCCGGCAUUAUUAUUACAAGUCCGGACAAGAUUACGGAGAUACAAUGCGCUCUCAAAUUUGAUUUCCAGGCUACCAAUAACAAAGCAGAGUACGAAGCCAUUGUUAUUGCCCUAGAACUCGCGAAAAAUCUUGAGUGCGACCACGUCAAGGUUUUCAGUGACUCACAGCUAGUGGUCGGGCAAAUCGAGGGGUCUUUCGAAAGAAAGGAUGAAAAAAUGAGCUUAUAUUGUUUGAAAGUAAAUGACCUCCAGAGGCAGUUCAUAAGUUGUGAAAUUCGAAAGGUAGCCAGAGCCGAAAAUGCCAAAGCCGAUGCAUUAUUCAGACUCGUCUUCAUAGGUGUUGACGGGCUUGAUAGAACCGUGCACAUCAAGAUGGUUGCAGAACCAAGUAUAGCCCAGAAACCAAGUAUCAUGGACAUUGACCUUGAGCCCUCCUGGAUGGAUCCAAUAGUUGAUUACAUAAGUAAUGGCAACAUUCCUGUAGACCCUCGGCUCGCCCGAAGCAUUCGGUAUAGAGUUGCUAGAUAUUGCAUAAUCGAAGGAGUUCUGUUUCGCAGAAGUCUCACACUCCCUUAUCUAAGGUGUCUCAGACCCUCCGAGUCCCAUCAAGCAAUAACUGAAAUUCACGAAGGCAUUUGUGAGAAUCACCAAGGAGCCCGAGCUCUGGCAUAUAAGUUGAUAAGGUAUGAAUACUACUGGCCAAGUCUAAAGAAAGAUGCCACAGAUUACGUCCGGAAGUGCGACAAGUGCCAAAGGUUUGGCAACAUCAUACAUACUCCUGCUGAGGAACUGACAUCCAUUUACUACUCAGCUCCCUUCGAGCAAUGGGGAGUUGAUAUUCUUGGGCCUUUUCCCUUGGCCCGAAGACAAUUAAAAUUUGUAGCUGUGGCGGUGGAGUAUUUUACGAAGUGGGUAGAAGCCGAACCUCUAGCAACAAUUUCAGAACCGAAGCUCAGAUCAUUUAUAUGGAAGUCCAUCAUAUGCAGAUUCGGGAUACCAAGAGUCCUCAUCACAGAUAAUGGAAGACAAUUCGACAAUCCCCAGUUCAAGAACUUCUGCGCCAGCAAUGGGAUUGAUCAUCGCCUGACUUCGGUCUCACACCCACAAAGUAAUGGGUUAGCCAAAGUAACUAAUCGGAUCAUAUUGCAGGACCUCCGAAGAAGGAUAGGGGACGCCAAAGGUGAUUGGUCUGACAUGCUGCCUUCGAUACUGUGGGCAUAUAGGACUUCACACAAGACAGCAAUUGGUGAAACACCAUUUAUGCUAGCUUUUGGACUUGAGGCUAGCAUUCCAAUUGAGGUUAGCCUCCCCACAAUAAGAAAGCUCGAGACAAAUAAGAAGACACAGACUACCGAACAUCUCGACUUACUUGAGGAGGUAAGGGAGCAAGCUUCCCUUAGGACUGCAAGUUACCAAAACAGAACGGCAAAGCACUUCAAUAAGAAGAGCCGGCGAUCUUGUCCAAAGGAAAGCAGAAGCCGUCGGGCACCAACCAGGGAGACUUGGGCCAACAUGGGAAGGACCCUACGAGGUCAUAAGAAAACUUAG